UCAGCCGAAAUGCCGACAAGGAGUAACUGCUUUCGAAACGGCGAACAGUUGAACAGCAGCACUCGGAGCGUACGGAACAGUUACCGGCUUGGGCGAAAGCGGCACACACAACUUCUCACGCACUUCAGCAAAUAUUCCUCUUCUCCACUGUACGGGUACCUCAUUCCAUUCCGUUGUUCAGUGUUCGGUUCAGCACGGGUUGGUUCAAUUAAUUCAGUUUCAGCCUUCAGUAGGUACUGGUGGAUUUUUUUCACACACUUCUCUUGUUAUACCGACAAAAGUGGCAAAGUGUUAAACGCUAGCAAACUAACGUUACGUAUAUUGAACAACAUUAGAAAACGCAUCGUCAGCCAACUGAAUUAAACGAACUAAACUAAAUCCAGCAAAAUGGCCGAAAAUUGUGGAAAGUGCAAAAAAUCGAUUAGCAAGGAGGGCAUCGUCAUUUGCAAUUCAGACGAUUGCAUGAAAAAGUUUCAUCGCACUUGCGUGAAUAUCGACGAUGCCAUCUACGAUGCGAUUCAGAAGAAUCCCUUGAUUUCAUUCAAUUGUGAAGAAUGUAAAAAUCAAUCGCCCAAAGCGCUAGCCGCCAAGCUACAGACGAUGGAGGAGAAACUGAAUAAAGUCUAUAAUGGCGUGAAUCAGAUUUCGACACGUAUGUAUCAGCAAUAUUUCCAAUUCGGCAAUGCGAACAAUGUGGAUCCGAAGAAGCAAACCAAUAACCUCAUCGUCGUUGGUAACAAUUGUAAUUCGGAUCGUCUGCAAGUUGUCUGCGAUUAUGGGCGCUGGGUGCAGGUGGGCAAAUUCGCAACCUCCACUAGUGAGGAUGACAUUAUCGAACAUUUGGCUGAGGAAUUGAAGAUCAAUAAGAAUCUAGUCAAGUGCACCAAAUUGGUGAAGAACGAUGCGAAUUUAUCGCAAUUGUCAUAUUGUAAAUUUAAGAUUUCCAUACCGGAUUAUCGAUUCAAUGAGCUAUUCAAUGAGAAUAUCUGGCCCAGUGGUGUUAUGGUCAGUCCAUUCACACCACGUUCACAAUUGAAUCAGAAUCGUAUAUAAGGCAAAGCCAUUGAAGGGCGGGUGGAUGAGAGCGCUAAUCGCAGACGGAUAAAUACGAAGAAGAAGAAGCGGAAAAGAACAAAGGAGGAUGGGGAGGAGAACGGUGGGGAGGGUGAUAACGAAAAGCAAAUGGAGUCGCGACCACAACAACAACAACAACUGCUGCAACAACAACGCGAACGAAAGCCGGCUGCGACUGCGACAACGGUAUUACAGCACGAUGACGAACCGGCGGCUGAAGAGGACACACCAACGCUAGCGAGCUGUGACGAUGCAGAAAAACAGGUGAAGACCGUAAGCGACAAUGAAUCGGUGAUAAAUGAAGUGGAAAGUGAGGAAACACAAGUAUCACAGUAUCGCGAAACAACAGACGAGGGCGUGUGGGAAGUGGAAGCAGCAAUACCGGAAAACGAAACGGACGACGUGACUGAUGCAACGCCAGAAGCAGAAGUGGAGGAAGCAGAAGCAGAAGCAGAAAUAGGAGGAGAAGAAGAAGAGGAAGUGAGCGAAAGAGCAGCAAACACGACAGCAGUUGAGGAAGUCGCAGGCAAGAGUAUAAAUGAUUAGGGGGCAUGGCAUGUGUGUACGAUAGAGACAAAGUCCUUCGCUUUUCCGCAAAGUGGGCGAUGCAGGUGGGUGGGGGAAUGCGAACGCGCAGCGAAUGUGUAAAUUUAUGCACGGAAAUGAGGGUUGAACAAUAACGAGCAAUUCAAUGGCUAACAGCUCGACUGAAGGGGGAUACAAAAAAACGGAAAUAUAAAUAUACUUACAUACAUACACGUAAUGAGAGUGUGUACGAUUUUGAAAAACACCAACAAGAAUGAAACAUUUAUGUACAUUUUUUACAUUUUCGAAUGUGAAACAAGCUGAGCUCGCUACUAACAAUGGCUUGGCUUUAAUUUUCAAAUAUUUAGCAUACAUACAAACAAUCGAAUUGUAUUGUUUCCGUAAAAUUCAUGCAAAAUGAAAUUAAUGAAAAUUUGUAAAAGCAACAAAAUGCUGCUGAAUUCAUAACGCACCAGCUUUGGUGAAGCAUUUCAAGUGUUUUAAAAUGUGAAAUUGGCGAAAAUAAUUGAAAUAUGCAGUUUUAUAUAGAAAAAGCCAUAUUGCUAAAAUAUAUGUAUCUAUUUAUAUGCAAAAAUUAUGUGCAUGAUUUAUCUAGUAAUUUACAAAGAAACAUAAUAAUGAAUAUUUGUCGUACUUACACACUUAUCAAAGCAAAGAAAAACGAAAACUAUAUUUAAAACAUUUAAGAAACGUACAUAACCAAAUGAUACCGUAAAGCAAACACGAAGUGGAAAUUAUCUAAACAAAAAUUAUGUAUCUAAUUGCAACUAAUAUUCCCUUUAAAAGCAUAUGUAACACACAGGUGAAGAUAGAAAACCAAAACAUAAAUAUUUUAGUACGAUUAGCGCUACUGUAAUGCAAAACAAAAACUUACGAGUACGAGUAUACUUUUUGUUGUAUUUAAAGUCAUACAUUUUUUUAAAAAUCUUUUUCAUAUGACUUCAAAAGCAACAAUAGUUUUGAACUUAAAAAUAUAUAACUUUAUUUUAGUUUUUUUUAACUUUCAUGUAAUAUCGAUGGAAAAAAAUAGUUUUUAAAAUAAUAUAAAAAAAUAAUAAUUUUUGAUAUUUACUAAAUUUCAUAAAUUUUCAAAGAAUUUUAGAGCUAACCGCACUUUUAUAAAUAAAAUUAAUUGGAAUUAUUUAUAAAAAAAUUUAAAUGUUUCCAGUAUGAAUGUUUAUAAGCCAUUCAUUAAAUGCUAUUACACAAAUUCAGUAAAAAAGAAAUAUUUUGGAAUUUUUAAAAACUCUGAAUUUCAAGAUUUUUGUAUUUUUAAAAUUUUUUUUUCAAGUUAAUAAUGAAUUUAAAAUUUUUAAAACAUACAAGUUACUUCAAACUCAAAAAAUAUAUAUAUGUAUUUAUUUAUAUAAAAUAAUCCAUAAUAAAAAAUAUAAGAAAUUUAUACAUAAAUAUUUUCAAAUAUUUUCUAAAAAAAUUUCAAUUCGCCAAUCACUGCAGCUAUUGCACAUACAAAUUUGUUAACUCAUUAAUGUUUACAUAAAAGAUAACAUGGCAAAGGAACGUAUUUUCGAAUAUGUUUAAAAUUUUUAAAAAAAUUGUCAGUAACAGCACACAAUCACACAAAAAUUUAAUUCAGCUUCAAAAAUAAAAUUCUAAAUAAAAUAUUUUUGAGCACAUGAAAAUAUUCAAGUUUUAUAAUCUUCUAUAAAUGGCGGCGUAUUGCUUUAUUUCAAAUAUUCUAAACAAAUAUUCAAAGUUUGAAAAAUUAAAUAAAUGCAAAUUGUUUUUCUACAAAACUUCUGGAUAUUAAAAAAAAUAUUAAUUCUUUAAACACUUCAAAAAAUAUAUUAAAUUCUUUUAAUUUCAAAAUUUUUAACGUUUUAUGAACUUUGGCGUAAAACUACGAUUCAAAAAUACUAAAAAAAUUCCAACAAAAUAUAUAAAGUUUUUUAAAUACCAUUUUCGAAAAAUUCUAUUCAAAAUACUUUAUAUAUUUUUUUUAAAUAAAAAUAAUUUAAAAAUCAUUGCUGCAAAACUUUCACCAAAACAACCUAAUAUUUAUAAACAAUUUAAAUGUGCAUAAAUUUCACAAAAAUUAAAAUUUUUGUAUAUCAAAACUUUUAAGGCUUACGUGUCGGCGUAACGUUCCAUACAAAAAAAUUCUAAAAAAAUUAGAAAAAUAUAUCUUUCGAAUAUUCAAAAAAAGAAGCGAAUAAGAACUUCGUGAAAUUUGGAAUAUUUUUGAAAUAAUUUAUUUUUUAACAAUUUCUCAAAAUCAUUAUUUCAUAUAUUUAGUAAACUCUAAAUGUCUUAAAUCAUAUAAACUUUAACAGUUUAAAGAACAUAUAAAAAUAAAAAUAUAUAUUUCCAAAAUAUUUCAAUAUUAUUUUAUUUUUAUAAAUAUGGAUUCUCACUUCAUGUAUCCAUAAAAAAUAUUUUAAAAAAUAAAUUGAUUUCCAAACAUUAUAAAAUUUUUCAAAUAUUUAUAAAAACGUGCAUAAAAUAUUUUCAACAUUAAAAAAAUUCACUUUUAAUUAAUGAAUGUGUUAAAAUAAUAUUUAUUGCCUCUUUAAAACAACUUUCAUUUAAAUAAUUUUCAUAAAUUUCUUUAAUAAAUUUAAAUUUAAUAUAAAAAAUACUUUUAUAAAAAAAUUUCGCUUCGAAAAAUUUUCUAAAUGCAAAUUAAAUAAAUAAAAAAAAUAUGAAUACGCUGAAUUUGGUCGGCAAUGCAUAAAUUUAAUGACUAUUUGUACUUAGCAAGUCAGUAGUUUAGUAAUUAACUGUUAACUGAAAUCAGUCAUAAAUGUCUGCCAAUUCAAUUCUUAAGGCAAAAUGCAGAACAAAUAUCAAAAUAUUAAUAAACCAUAUUUUCAUUAACAUGAAAUUAUAUAUAUAUUUUUGUUUUUCGUUUUUCUAAUCUCAAUAAAGUUCUAAUAUGAAAAAUAAUAAUAUUCUAACCUCAAAAUAUUUUCUCUAACGAAAAAUACUAUUUUUCUCAAUAUAAAUUUUAUACCAAAAAAAAACAUAUAUAAUAUAUAUGGCCAUCUUAUUCAUAGCACACAGUAAAUACCAUUUAAAUGGCACUGCAAAAUUGCGGCAGUGCAAAUUUUAAGAUUUAACAGCAGGAGAAAAAUAAUAGCAGAAGGUAAAAGAAAUCGACAAAAAGUGUGAAAGCAAAAGACGGAAAUGUUUAAUUUAAUGUCGAGAUUUAAAAUAUUGCAAGUAAAUAUACCGCAUAUUACAACAAACAUACUUACACACAAUUUCAAGAAGUUACAGAACGAAAAGAAGAAGAAGAAUUACAUAAAAUAUAAAAAAUAUUAAAAACUUUAUAAAAAGUAAAUGAUCAAAUAUGCCAACAAGCAUACAUAUAUUUAUCUAAAAUUCUUACACAUAUAUGCAUACUACAUAGCGCAUUGUAUAUACAAGCAUACACACAUACUAUGUGUCUGUAUGUAUGUAAUCAAAUAUAUGAAAAUUGUACUUGUAGUGUUUUCAAAUGCAUUCUCAGAGCUUUUGUCGAAUGAGCAUUUCUUUAGAAAAUUUUGAAAUUAUGAUAUGAAAUUUAUCAACAAUUACAUAACGUAUAAACAAAAUAUAACAACAAUAACAAUUAAAAAAAAUAAGCACCGCAAUUUCUUGCAUCAAUGCUGCCACUUCGGAACGCAUUGCGACUUUCUUUCACAAAAGCAAAUGCAAAUUGUCGGUAUUUGAUAUCAUUUUAACAAAAUGUGUGCAGCAGCAACAACAACAGCAACAACAAACAGCAAACGAGAAACGGCGUAUUUUAUUGCAUUUUAGCAAGAACUGAUCUAUACACACAUAUACACGUGCAACAAUUGUGCGGGUGUGUGUGCGCGUGCGCGCAGCUGUUGGCACUACACAUGUAUGAGCGAAGCGAAUGUGUUUAAAAAGUAGGAAUUUCAAAAAUCCGAAAAAUAUUCGCAAUUCUGCAAAAAAGUUAAUUUUUUAGUAAAAAAAAAAA